AUGCCACCUCGUCCUCCCAACUAACCCUCGCCGAGUGUCCGGACGGAAAAGCUCGCAUGGAUCAGCUCCAUCUUCCUGGGAGCGGCCCCAAUGCCGCAAUGGUUGCCUCCAUCUUCGCCUUCGAUCAUACAGCCUCCAUAUCCACCUCGCCACCGGAAAUGCCGCCGGCUGCACCGUUCCCUGCCACUGAGCCUGGCAGAAAGUCCAGCUACCGCACCAUGGGAUUGGGAUCCGACACAAUGAAAGCCAGGAUCAUGUCGCACCCUCUCUACCCGGAUCUCCUCAGGGCCUUCAUAGACUGCCGAAAAGUCGGAGCGCCGCCGGAAAUUGUUGGUCGGCUCUCGUCUCUCGCCGACGAGCUCGAGUCAAAUUCAGAUGACACCCAGGCGCAGGAACAGCCUGCAGACCCAGAGCUCGACCAGUUCAUGGAGACAUACCGGGAUGCGUUGGUGACGUACAGUCAGGAACUCACGGGACAGAUCCAAGAAGCCAAUGAGUUCUUCAUGAGCAUGCAGGCUCACAUCGACUCGAUUGCACUAGCAGAUGGCAACGGCUGCGAGUGCGGAUGGUCUUGCGAAAAUAAGCAGGAGACCCGCGGCGUCGCUGGCCUGCCGAUCACCAGCCCUGCCGGUGAGGGUAAGGAGCUGACGAACCAGGUCCUGGACAAGCACAGCGGCUACCUGAGAAGGCUAUGGAGGGAGGUCGCCGGGAAGAAGAAGAACGGCAGGCUGCCGAGGGACGCGCGCCAGAAGCUUCUGCGCUGGUGGCAGCUGCACCACAUAUGGCCCUACCCAUCGGAAUUAGAGAAGCAUGUGUUGGCUGAGUCGACGGGGCUCGACACGAAGCAGAUAAGCAACUGGUUCAUCAACCAGCGGAAGCGCCACUGGAGGCCGACGCCUCUGAACGUGGGCGUGCAAGGCAGGUUGCAGCACAUCAAUGGUGCUUCGACCUUAUAGAAGGGCAGUGCUUCACCGGACGAAACGGGUAUACCGAAGGUGGGCCGUUAAUACGGUGAUCAAUAUCCGCGUGGUGUGCUCCCAUUACACACACACACACAUACAUAUGUCUCUCUCACCCAAAAAAAGAGAGAGAAGUGAUAAUGUGUAAUAAUCGAGAAGCAAAUGUAAUCCUCAACUAAAUAACGAGGCUAGUCCAUCACACUGAACAUGGCAUCGGAUGCAACUGUAACAGGCCGUUGACACACAUCAUAGACGUGAAUGUGUGAGUUGUAUAAAAACCUUUUGGUCCUUUUCAUUC